CGCCCAACAAGAGAAAAUCUGAAGAAACGUCCGCUCAUGAGCAAUACAUGGAAAACCUCAAACGCAUUAAAAAAUCUCCCAGUGAAAUGGCAAGGAAAUUCGAUAACAAGGACCAGCUAUUUUGGAAUCAUCGGCCCCCAUCAGCGCAAGGCAUUCCGACAGAGUUGCUGCAUCCCGUGUUUGGUCGAUUCCUAGAUGACUGCGCGACCAUUCAACCGGAGUUCCAAGACGUGCAGUUCACAUACGAGUUCAGCGCUGAAAUGUCCGGAUACUUUCGCACCGAGGGCGCACGUGCAGCGAGUUUCCGGGAACUAUUCAAGAGACACUUCGAUAUUGAUCUUCCCUGCGUUGAGUUGUCUGCCUCAGUUUACAAAAAUAACAAGCCGAGGACUGACGGUACCUUAUACGAGGGUACAUUCAUGAUGAUGAAUGCGGAAGUAAAGUUGGAACUUUGCACCGGCGCGAGCGAUCCGUAUAUCCAGAACAUCGCGUAUUACAAGGAAUACAUCCUUAAGAAUAGUAUCAUCGCCGAAACGAACAGGCUUCCCUGCUUUCUUGUCGUUGUAUCAGGGCCACUGUUCAGUAUCUCAACUGCCGUUUAUGGCGAAAAGGUCACUGUGGAUCCAUACCCAUACGUCCUUUCCCUCGAUUGCUCUUCAUAUCAUUGUGUGGAUCUCGCCCGUGUCUUUUGUGCUCUAAGGAACGCGUUGGAGGCUCUGCGGGCGUAUUACAUCACGACCCCACUCCCACAUAUCGAGCCGGAUCAACGACCAUUUCCGUACAUCAACUCUUUUUUGACUGAUGACGAAGUCUUUGUUCGCUUCAAGUAUCAAACUAGCCUUCACCCAUUAGUGUUUGUUGUUCGGGUGGAAGAUGCACUGAAGAACUUUCCGGAAUAUGUUGUUGUAAAAUUCACUCGUCGUUAUGAUAAAAACACCCAUCAGGUCUUUGCGGAACUCGAGAUUGCGCCGCAGCUCUAUGGCUUUGAACAUCUAUCUGGUGGAUGGAAAAUGGUCGUGAUGGCAUUUGUAGGUGAUGAGUUUAAGAUACUAGCAGAAUGCAAAAAGAAUCAAUGUAUCAAGCAGGCUGUGGAGGAAAUGGCAAUGAAGAUGCAUGGUGAAGGGCUUGUACAUGGUGAUCUAUGUGAUCUGAAUAUCCUUUGCCGCUACAAUGACAAUGACAAUUCAGCAGAUAUAUUUUUUGUUGAUUUGGACUGGGCUGGCCAAGAAGGAACAGUUCGGUAUCCCUUGGAUAUCAAUCCAGAUAUCACUCGACAUCAUGAAGCAACAGCUGGUA